AUGUCAAUGAUUCACCAGGAGGUGCCCUGUCAGGCGUGUGACGAGUCAGCACCUCUCCCUCCUCUGACAGACUUCCAGAAGGCAGCUGCCCUGGUCUCGGAGCACUCCACGAAGCUGGCGGCUCUCUUCGCCUCUCCUCCGGCUCUCCCGUCUGCCAUGAACUGUACCGCUGCGGCCUGUGCUAUGGAACAGGCAGCUGCAAACCUCACGGCCACCUACCUCCACAUAUCUCCCAUCUACGGUCUGGCUCUACAUAAGGAGGUGGAGAGGUGUGCUCUGGCCAUUCUGAGGGGAGUUGAGAGUAUCAUCACUACAAUCAUCUCCACUGGAACCAUCGCGUGAGCCCACAAUAAUGUGUUCACAACUUUUUUGUCGGAAACUUUUCGCGGCUUUUGUCGCACAUUUUAUGAAAACCUUGACCUAAAAAUAAGGCCC